AUGGUCAGAAGUGAUCCAUUCCAGCCCGCAAAAAGGGUUGCAAGCCAGAAGCAGGAUGUCUGGACCAUUGUCAACGAGGCGGCAACGGCGUCACCGGUACAGCCCAUCAUAAAUAUGGGCCAAGGCUUCUUUGGCUACAACCCUCCCCAAUUUGUCACCGAUGCUGCAAAAGAAGCAUUGGACAGGGUCGAGUGCAAUCAAUACUCUCCUACGAAGGGUCGGCCACGAUUAAAGAAGGCAAUAGCAGAUGCGUACUCGCCCUUCUUCGGCAGGAAGAUAAAUCCAGACACAGAAGUCACUAUCACUACAGGAGCGAAUGAAGGUAUGCUUAGUGCUUUCAUGGGCUUUGUCGAGCCAGGAGAUGAAGUCAUUAUAUUUGAGCCUUUCUUCGAUCAAUACAUCCCCAACAUCGAGAUGGCCGGCGGCAAAGUGGUCUACGCGUCUCUUCAACCACCAAAGGAAGGAGCUACCAAGACAACCUCCGCUUCCGAAUGGGCGAUUGACUUUUCCGAAUUGGAAAAGUCCAUCAACGACAAAACCCGCAUGAUCGUUCUGAAUUCUCCACACAAUCCUAUCGGAAAGGUCUUUUCAAAAAAAGAACUUGAGCACAUAGGCACCCUUUGCGUUAGACACAACAUCAUCAUCCUCUCCGACGAAGUCUAUGACCGCCUUUACUACGUUCCUUUCACCCGCGUCGCCACGCUUUCACCAGAAAUCGCUAAGCUGACCUUGACUGUUGGCUCAGCUGGCAAGAACUUCUAUGCCACAGGGUGGCGUGUAGGGUGGCUUAUUGGGCCAGAGCAUUUGAUCAAGUACGUCUCUGCCGCGCAUACGAGGAUCUGCUAUAGCAGUGUGAGUCCUCUGCAAGAGGCCGCAGCUGUCGGGUUUGAAAGAGCGGACGAGUUAGGCUUCUGGGAGCAGAGUAAGCGCGAGAUGAAGUCUAAAAUGAGCCGCUUCUGCGAAGUGUUCGACGAGCUGGGCCUGCCAUAUUCUGAACCCGAAGGCGGAUACUUUGUGCUCGCCAAUUUAAGCAAGGUGAAAUUGCCAGAGGGUUAUGAUUUUCCGCCGCAUGUAGCGGAGCGACCAAGGGACUUCAAGCUGAGUUGGUUUUGCAUCAUGGAGCUCGGUGUUGCUGCCAUUCCGCCGACGGAGUUUUACACAGAUGAGAACGCGCACUUGGUUGAGGACUGGUUGCGCUUCGCGGUCUGCAAGGAUGAUGAGGUGUUGGACGGGGCGAAAGAGCGAUUGAGGGGUCUGAAAAAGUAUAUGGCGUGA